ACAUUAUCGUAAGGUUCCAUUCACUAGAGAGAUAGAGAAAGAAUACGCUGUGAUCAAUCCGUCUAUAAUUCCUACAUUCUUCCCGGCUUUAAGAAUAUUUGAUCAUAUCUUAAAAAGAGAUAACACAUGUUUAUUAUCUUUAAAAUAA